AUGGCGCCGUCCAUCGUCUUCAUUGCGACCCUAGCCGCUCUCUUGUCACCAGCAAUCCCAAAUAUUCUGGCCAUUGCUCAACUCACCGCUGGCUGCACGACAAACUCGUUCACAGUCUCCAGUUGGCUCAUUGAAGAUUUCGAAUCCAGCGGAACGACUGUGCGAUUUCAGACACUCAACCGAGCCACCAACACAUCAGCUCAACUGAGUUGUCAGGUUUCAAGAAACACGUCAACAUGGCAAGCUUGCACUAGUGACAGCUCUCCUUUGCUUGCUUCGGUGCAGCUGGAGGCGGCCGUAGCUCGAGUGCGAAUAAACGAGACAUGGGUGUGCAAUGAUCUUACUCCGUCAAGACCGCUCAACUUUGCUGCCCAAGGAGAGGGUUCCCUGCCAAUUACCUGCAAUACCGACGCUUGCGCCCCCUCGUCCACCGAUCCCCUCUUGAUCAAGUCUGUCCUCAGCUCCCCCUUCCCGCUGAGCCCAUCAGCAGUUCCUGGGCCUUCUGGUCACGACAAGGAGGGUUGCGCAGCCGGGUCACGAACACCGUCGUGGGAGGUCUUUUCCACUCAGCUGAAUCUCCGGAACGUCUCCGGAAGGAUUGAAGGAGGAAACGCCUUCAUCCAACUGAGAAAUACCAUCACCGACUACCGUGCAUCUUGCUUCGGGACAUUAACCGGCACCGCCCCUGCGACUAUGCAGUGUUCAGCUCAGUCUACUGGACGGCCCAGAGCGCCAAAAUACAACAUCAACACUGUCCUCACAUUUAGUCCUGGCUCCUUUGUCCUCAUUGAGAUCUUUGGUGUUGGCACUGCCCGGCUCCCACUCGAAUGUUCCGCUGUCGGAGAGACGACAACCUAUUGCGCUGGUGACCCAGCCACGUUUACCGGCCGCCUGAUUUCUGAAAAGCCAAUCCCGCCAUUUUCUCUUGGUGACCCUCUCCCCACAGCCCCAAGUUGCACAAUCUCAUCAGUUGUCGCUCCAUCGUAUAGAUUCUCCGACUUUGAAACAAUAGUAGCGUCCGGAUCGAACCUGGGAAGCAUCAGGUUCGGCAUUGAGCUCAACACUGGAGCCGCGUUCACGGGCUACCCGUCUACUUUUUUCAGAUCCGGCGUUUCGGUGUCUGUCACAGAGGGCGGGUCAACCGCAUGGUAUCCUUGUGUUUUGGAGAGUGUUGGAGAGCAGAGUCUAACACCCACGGCUUGUGCGUUCCGGUAUGAUGCCGCCACGCAGAGUCUAUCCCUCAGUGCGGAUUGGAAGUGUAGUGACCUGGACGCUAGUCGACCGGUUUCCUUUACGGGCGAUCUCAGGACAACGGUUCCUAGCUUGACUUGCUUAACAACAUCGGGGAGAACUCGAUGUGCUACAGCUCCAGGGCAAGCUUGGGCGGCGAACGUGACCAGCGUCUACUGGGGUAAUUAA